CACCAGCCAACCAUGUAGCCUGUAGGUAAUCGCCAUCUAUUGUCGAAAAAAAUGCCUGUACGGUAUACAGUAUAGUACACAGUGCAGUGGUCCAGCAGGGAAUAUGCGUCGACAGAUCCCUGCUUUUUAGACCCCCACGCUCAACCCGCCAGCCGCCUGACCGGCCGGGGCCAAUGCCAAUCAAAUCCCGAUAAGGUACGGUACUGGUCCGAAGCUGAAGUUCACGUCGAUGUCUGAUGCUGAUGUGAAGUACGUACAUGCACCUUGCCACCUUUAUUGUAGGAUUCACAACACUGGUAUUAUGAGAUUCCUAUAGACAUGGAAGGCACAGCCUUUGAUGAUGACAGGCCAAUCUAUGUGGGUCAAGUUCCGCCUGAAUUAGACACUGCCGACCAGCCUUGCACUCCCUCAGACAUUCAAGUACCAGUUGAAAACAUUCACGGAUAUCAUGUUGAAGAUGCAAGUGAAACAGGACAAGUUCCGCCUGAAUUUGACAAUGCUGCCAAGCCCUGUACUCUCACAGACAUCCAAGUACCAGUUGAAAAACCUGAUGGAUAUCAUGUUGAAGAUGCGAGUGAAACAGAACAUAAGAGAGAAGAAGAAAUAUCACUUCCUAUUGCCAAUUUAAUGAGCUGUGAGAAGCAGUCGGACGACCAACACUCUGUGGAUGCUCAUCAGAAUAUGGAUAGCUCCCAAGGGUUGGUGAGGGGUGUGACAGACAAUGAGCUCUGGGACACUGAAUCAAUAGAUUUUACCUUAGAUUCUAGUUGUGCCUGGGUGGAUGAAUGCAGUGAUGAUGAUUUUGACCAAGAGAUUCGUGUUGGACAUGAAUUGAAGAGUCUUGAUUCUUCUCCCCAAAUUGCAGACCUAAAAUCAAAAUGUGAGUUGGCUGUAGAAUGUGAAGAUAGUUCGUUAGGAGAGUCCGGCAAAGCGGAGUGCAUUCCGGAAGUGACCACAGCUAAGAGAAAGUUGGACAGUGUAUCCUCUUCAGUAACAAGUGUAACUGAGCAUUUGUCAAGGUAUGGAGCAGUGCCGGGUGAUGAUUUGGAGAGAACUUGUGAUGCUCAUGCCAAAACGUCUUGUGAAUUGAGAGAUUUAAAUUUUGAAAACAAUGAAGCUUUCACUAAACUUGAACACCAAAGACUGUCUGAAUCAGAGAUCACUUAUGAUCAUAAUGUUUCUGAAGAUGGAAAAACAGAAUGCCAAAGCAUGGAUGCAUCCGAGGGUGAGGAUUUGGAGAGAACUUGUGAUGCUUUUGCCAAGACAGCUUUUGGAUUGAGAGAUUUAAAUGUUGAAAAAAAUGAAGCUUUCACUAACCUUGGACACCAAAGACUGUCUGAAUCAGAGAUCCCUAAUGAUCAUAAUGUUUCUGAAAAAGGGAAAACAGAGCGCCAAAUCAUUGAUGCAUCCGAGGGUAAUGAUAAUUCGCUUAAAACCAGAAGAAAAACAAGGAGGAAAAAGAAUGGAUACAUGAUUAUUCGUAAAUCUACACGUAAGUCUAAAACACCUUCAAAGUCGGUUGCACGUUGCAAGGAUUCAAAGACAAUGUGUGAAGAUGUAGAAUGGGACAAAGAAGAAAAUUCUUUGUCUACAUCAAAGCAAGCUUCACUCGAAAGUAGGACAAAAAUUGAUUGUGAUAGAGAUGAGGGAAGCAUCCAGCAUGAAAUGAAUUGUUUUGAAUGUGAAGAGGUAGGGAUAGGUCCAGUACAUCGAAAGGAAAGAAGGCCAGCUUUGAUGAAUGAAGAUGGCCACGGUGAAAAUUUGUAUGGAAAUGCUGUUCCUGAAAUAGACGAUAAAGAUUGUGAACCAGUUAGUAGUCAAAUAUAUAUCGGUGCUCCCAUAUUUCCUUUGUUGGAUGCUACAGGUAGAUGCAACGAAUCUAUUUAUCAGAAUGUGGAAGAUAUUUCAGAAGCAGGGGAAGGAGAUCAGUUGAAUGUUGACGAUACUCUCAGGGAGAGAAUAGACUUGGCAAUCCCUGUACUUAAAGGAAGUCAUGAGCGGGAGAAGUUGACGGCUAAAGAAGAUCAAUUCAAAGAAACCGACAUGAAUGAACCUUGUGUUGAAGCGAACUCUCCUUGUCAUGAUGUUCUUAAAAUGUCAAAGAGGCAGAGAAGAAGUCCAAGAUCCUCACAGAAACAGAAUGAAAUAAUACUGCUAAGCAAUGAGCAGGGUGAAAGUGACAAUUUGAGGGAAGAGAAGGCCUUGAUAAGAACACAGAGAGGAAGUAGGAGGGUGUGUAAACGACCCAGAAAGCAGAGGCAGUUUGAGACUGCUAAAGAUGUGAUUGAUAAACGGGACAAACCAUCCUCUAAUGCUUCAGUGGAAACCUCCCCAGAGACAGUCCCUGAGUUGGUGCCUGAAAAGAAAGAAGUGCCUGAAAGUAAUGAAAAUGUAGACGGACCAACACCUCCGGAGAAGAGACCUAUCUACAGAGCUCGGCGGCGUAGAGCCAACAGCAAAAAAUCUGCCAGUGAUAUGAUCAGAGACCUGACUGCCGCUUCUGAAUCUGCUUUGAAAAGAGUCUCUGAGUCCACCUCACCACCAUCUCCCAAGGAGAAUCAAGAAUCCGUCCAGGCUGAUCAGAUGGUUGGGUCUAAGAAGAGGAGGGGUAGGCCACCCAAGGCUAGACCGACUAGGAAGAGGAAGUUCCAGGAGUGCUCCCUAGAAUGUGAUGAUGAUCCUGUGAAGACAUCAGAUGAACCAAAUCAGAGCAGAGACUCAAACCCAGGGCAGAAUAUAGACAUGAUCAGACAGGAGUAUGCAUCCCAUGAUGAGGACAGUGGAGUCGAUGAUGAUGAACUCAUUAAUCCGGUACUUACACCAGACUCCAAAACCAAAGACCUUCCACCUGCCUUCAGCAUUAGUGAUGUAGUCUGGGCCCAGGAUCCAAAAGACAAGCUAAGAUGGCCUUCAGUUGUAAUUGAAGUAGCUGGAGAGAAUUUGUCGAGACGAGUCUACACUGUCUUCAAGACUCACCAAACGAAAGAACAGUACUUUCAAGCAAAAUCUUCCCGAUACCUGAAGCCUUAUAACUGUAGAGAAAAAGAAGAAUACCUAGAAAAGGGGAAAGGGGUAACUGAUUUCCACACAGCCGUCCAGAUAGCGAAUGACUUUAUCAUGAAAAUAGGUCUUGGAAAAGUGAAUUCCCAUGAAGACUUCUUCAAACCUAGUGAAGCAUACCCUGAUUCUCCGCCCCCAUCGCCUUGUGAUUUAUCCCCUUCAUCCCCCCUCCUCAGGGUCGGUCACAACAUCCAAGAAGAUUCCUUAAACUACUCAAGGACCAGCCAUUGUACCAUUGAUGAUAUCGACGAUGACAAGGAUGAGGAGGAGCAGAGCCUGAAAGAUAGAUUGAGCAUUGAUAGGAACAUCUUCCACAGAGACCCCAAAGAAAUGACUAAAUUGAAAAGGAAGUGGCAACGUAAAGAGAAACGUCUUCUAUCACUCAUGAGAAGUCAAGAAGCAAUGGAAUACUUGGUCAGUAUCCAACGUGGAAAAGUGGCAAGUCUGAGACACCAAUGGUUUUUAUCCAAUAAACCCAUUGAUAAAGGAAGACUGCUACGGGGGUCCUUUGGAGCACUCAUCAGUGAGGAGAAGCGACAUGAAAUUAUGAAGCACUUGAAGGAUGUACUUACCAUUGAGGAAUCUCUUAAGUCUAGUCAUCAGUACAUCAUGGAUGUUGCUCUUCCUGAGGCUCUUAAUUUUGCCUACCAGAAGGUUAAUAAGGUUGGAGAAGAAGAAGCCGAAGUACUCGUUCAUACGGAUGGUCUACAGGUUGCAAGAGAUCUGGACAUUGGGUGAUCAUAAUGUGUAUUUGUUUGUACUUAAGGACAUUUGCUCACCAUAGCAGUACCAAUUGGUCAAGGUGUGGUCGUAGCAAAUGCUGACCACUGAAAUAUAUUAGAGGAGAAUCUCACUUAGCAGCUUUGAAAGUUUCAAAAAGAUAUCUGUUUGUACUCUGAUUUUCUGAAAAAAUAUUAUGGCAUAUGAUGCAAGUAUUACAGCCUACACGUGUAUAAAGUAUUGAAGAUCAAAGUUACCUAUUUUGAUUUUUCAUAUUUACCGGUAAUGCAAAAUAUCAUUUGUGAAAAAAAGAGGUUGCAUCAGAUUGCAUAGUGAGCAGCAAGUUUAAGCCUUCUCUCAGAUAAAGCUUUCCCUUAAUUCAUGGGUAGAUGUGUAUCCAGGCAAAAAAUAUAUGAUUAUUGAUUUUCAGGGGCUAAUUUUCACAAACCAUCUGCAUAAAUUUGCAACAUCUAAUAAGCUUUAACAUUGUAAUGAAUAGGGAUUUUCCAGGGCUUUAAAAAAAAUUCAGUUGUAUAAAUUUGCAACAUUGAAUAAGCUUUAACAUUGUAAUAAAUAGGGAUUUUCUGGGGCAUUAGAAAAAAAAAUCAGGGCUCUUUUGAGCAUUUCAGAGUUGACAUCACCUCAAGCCCCUGUGUAAUUUUUCCCCCUGGAUUUAUCUCACAAGAGGUAUAUCCUUAAAGUUUAAGUCCACCCCAUGAAAAUGUUGAUUUGAAUCAAUAGAGAAAAAUGAAACAAGCAUAAUGCUGAAAA